AUGCAGUGGACGAAGGUGUUGGGGCUGGGGCUGGGGGCUGCUGCCCUCUUGGGGCUGGGGAUCAUCCUGGGCCACUUUGCCAUUCCCAAAAAAGCCAACUCACCGGCCCCCAGCGUCUCAGCCCCCCAGGACCUGGACCUGGAGAUCCUGGAGACCGUCAUGGGGCAGCUGGAUGCCCACAGGAUCCGGGAGAACCUCAGAGAACUCUCCAGGGAGCCACACCUGGCCUCUAGCCCUCGGGAUGAGGAUCUGGUGCAGCUGCUGCUACAGCGCUGGAAGGACCCAGAGUCAGGCCUGGACUCGGCCGAGGCCUUCACGUACGAGGUGCUGCUGUCCUUCCCUAGCCAGGAGCAGCCCAACGUCGUGGACAUUGGUGAGGUCCUGCCCAGCCUUGGGAAUGCCCAGAGGGUUGGUGGGGGGAAGCUGCUGGGCCCAGCCAUGACACUACCACCCCCUCCAACAGUGGGCCCCACCGGGGACAUCAUCCACUCCUGCCACCGGACCGAGGAGAAUGUGACCGGGGAGCAAGGGGGGCCAGAUGUGGUACAACCCUAUGCCGCCUAUGCUCCUUCUGGAACCCCACAGGGCCUCCUCGUCUAUGCCAACCGUGGCACGGAAGAAGACUUUAAGGAGCUACAGACUCAGGGCAUCAACCUCGAAGGCACCAUCGCCCUGACUCGCUAUGGGGGUGUAGGGCGUGGGGCCAAGGCUGUGAAUGCUGCCAAGCACGGGGUGGCCGGGGUGCUGGUGUACACAGACCCUGCCGACAUCAACGAUGGGCUGAGGUUGCCCAACGAAACCUUUCCCAACUCCUGGUACCUGCCACCCUCAGGAGUGGAGCGAGGCUCCUACUACAAGUAUUUUGGGGACCCUCUGACUCCCUACCUUCCAGCCAUCCCCUCUUCCUUCCGCCUGGACCUUGCCAAUGUCUCCGGGUUUCCCCCAAUUCCUACACAGCCCAUUGGCUUCCAGGAUGCCAGAGACCUGCUCUGUAACCUCAACGGAACUUUGGCCCCAGCCACCUGGCAGGGAGCACUGGGCUGCCCCUACAGUCUGGGUCCCGGCUUCCGGCCUGAUGGAAACUUCUCAGCAGACAGCCAGGUGAACGUGAGCGUCUACAACCGCCUGGAGCUAAGGAACUCUUCCAACGUCCUGGGCAUCAUCCGCGGGGCUGUGGAGCCUGAUCGCUAUGUGCUAUAUGGGAACCACCGAGACAGCUGGGUGCACGGGGCCGUGGACCCCAGCAGUGGCACCGCCGUCCUCCUGGAGCUCUCCCGCGUCCUGGGGACCCUGCUGAAGAAGGGCACCUGGCGUCCUCGCAGAUCUAUCGUGUUUGCGAGCUGGGGGGCUGAGGAGUUUGGGCUCAUUGGCUCCACGGAAUUCACAGAAGAGUUUUUCAACAAGCUGCAGGAGCGCACUGUGGCCUACAUCAAUGUGGACAUCGCGGUGUUUGCCAACGCUACCCUUAGGGUGCAGGGGACGCCCCCUGUCCAGAGUGUCGUCUUCUCUGCAACCAAAGAGAUCCGCUCACCAGGCCCUGGCGACCUGAGCAUCUACGACAACUGGAUCCAGUACUUCAAUCGCAGCAGCCCAGUGUACGGCCUGGUCCCCAGCUUGGGUUCUCUGGGUGCUGGCAGCGACUAUGCACCCUUCAUUCACUUCCUGGGCAUCUCCUCCAUGGACAUCGCCUACACCUAUGACCGGAGCAAGACUUCAGCCAGGAUCUACCCCACCUACCACACAGCCUUUGACACCUUUGACUAUGUGGACAAGUUUUUGGACCCAGGCUUCAGCAGCCAUCAGGCUGUGGCCCGGACAGCGGGGAGUAUUAUUCUCCGGCUCAGUGACAGCUUCUUCCUGCCCCUCAAAGUCAGUGACUACAGUGAGACACUCCGCAGCUUCCUGCAGGCAGCCCAGGAAGACCUCGGGGCCCUGCUGGAGCAGCACAGCAUCAGCCUGGGGCCUCUGGUGACUGCAGUGGAGAAAUUUGAGGCAGAAGCUGCAGCCUUGGGCCAACGCAUAUCAGCGCUGCAGAAGGGCAGCCCCGAUCCCCUGCAGGUCCGGAUGCUCAAUGACCAGUUGAUGCUCUUGGAACGGACCUUUCUGAACCCUCGAGCCUUCCCAGAGGAACGCUACUACAGCCAUGUGCUCUGGGCAACUCGCACGGGCUCCGUAGCCACAUUCCCGGGCCUAUCCAAUGCCUGCUCCAGGGCCAGGGACACAGCCUCUGGAUCUGAAGCUUGGGCUGAGGUGCAGAGACAGCUCAGCAUUGUGGUGACAGCCCUGGAGGGUGCGGCAGCCACCCUGAGGCCUGUGGCGGACCUCUGACCCCAGCCCUCUUCCUUCUGCCUGUGGCUGACCUUUGACCCCAGCCCUCUUUCUUAGGCCCUCCCUUUACCCCAACCCUCUCCUGCCUGCUUUCCUGAGAUGUCCUGGUCUUCCCUGGUGCCAGGAGGCGGCACUACCACAGGACCCUCUCAAGCUUCUCAGGCAAUAGCUUGAGGUCCAUGAGGGGAGUGGCAAUCCCUAAUGCAACUCACCCUCAUCCUGGUGCUUAGGUGGCAGAGGGUGGGCAGCAGGGGACAGGGAUGGGAUGGCAAAACCACCAGCUGCUCUUGGUGGUGGGUAGGUGAAGAUGGGAUGCAUAAUGCCAACUUCAGAUGCCAACUCAGAUCAUCAAGGCCAAGGACCAGUGGCGAAAGUGAGGCAUGGGGUGCCUUAGGACUUGCCUAGUCUGCGUUCCUCUCCCUACAUACUGUGUAUCCUAACUCCCUACAACAGCCCCUCAAAUAAAUCACAUCUAGUGACUGGUACCAACAAAA